AUGUUUGAGGACGAUUCCGAGGCUCCUGGGUGCCAGCGUUCAGAGGCAUAUAGAACAUCAUCCACAGCCUCGCCACUGGAUUCUGGAGCAUUCCCUGACCAUCAGCCUAAUGAAAGUGAAUAUCUUAACGGGCGAUCAAGACAAGCGGGUGGCGUCAAUAGUAUCGAUAACUUCGCCCGGUCAUGGCAGAGAGCUGCAUGUUUCCCUGAGGUGUUUCCCCGACGCCCUUCCUUCGCAACAGUCGAUUCAGACGAGGAAUGGCAAUCUUCAAGCGGUAAUUUCAUAAGAUCACUAGGGUCGUCACAUGUUGACCUUGACCCGGCUCUCACUCGGCCCCUUUUAAGCGACUAUGGAGUUAGCUCUGGCCAAAGAGAUGGCAUCUCCAGCUCCUGUCACUUGGAGCCAGCCCUCGGCACUUCCUAUGGCUCAGUAUCGUCGCGCGUUAGCGAGUCUGCUAGGAAGCACGUUAUAGAGUUCCACAGGCAGCAACAAGCCUACAGUGAGCCUGCUGUCGGCCACGAGGGAGAGCCUCUACUUGUCAAGCAGGUACAGCACGAAGACGGAACGCGAGAGAGCAUUGUUGUCGGCCAGUCCACUGUACCGCAGACGGUAUUCAAUUCGGUGAACGUGCUGAUUGGCGUCGGCCUCCUAAGUUUGCCGCUAGCCAUGAAACACGCCGGAUGGCUAUUUGGUUUGACGUUCCUUCUCUUUGCAGCAAUUGCCACUUCUUAUACCGCUAAAAUCCUGGCAAAAUGUCUCGACGUUGACCGAGGGUUGGUGACAUAUGCUGAUCUGGCCUACAUAAGCUUUGGGCACCGUGCUCGCCUGGUCUCUUCAUGUACUUUUUCCGGCAUUGAGCAUUACCCAAUGGCAGAUUAUAUUAUGUCGAUUCCUUUUCUCCUGAAAGGUGCGAACACCCAACUAAUUGCUUUAGUUGUGGCUAUAACAUGCAUUGAUGGUUUCAUCAAGCCUCAUGCGCCUGGUUCACUUCGUGAACCAGCCCAAACCCAUCUCCUACCCGAGAAUUGGGGUACAGUGCCCUUGAGUUUCGGGCUUAUCAUGUCGCCUUGGGGCGGGCACGGUGUAUUUCCCAACAUAUACCGAGAUAUGAGGCACCCGCAUAAAUAUGGGCGAAGCCUCUGGAGCACCUUCAUCGACAUUAUGCUGACGAGCAUCUUAUGGCAGUAUUCCCUGGAUUGUGCGAUGGCCGUUCUGGGUUGGAUGAUGUUCGGGGACACGAUUCGGGAUGAAGUUACAGCAAACGUGUUGACGAUGAACGAAUAUCCACAGUUAUUAUCUAUUUGCAUUAUAAUAUCUGUUGCUGUAAUUCCCAUUACCAAAGUACCUCUCAAGUGA